AGAUGUGCCAUCUCAGAUCAAGACUAGAGUCACAACAGGCGAGAUACUCGAACAACUCAUCUGUAUUGCCACAGUUUCCAGGCUUCUUGCAAGAAGCUUUAGUAACAGCCACAGGAACAGAACUUGGUGAUUUGGAAGAGAGGUGCUUGCAACUGUUGCUGGAAUUGUCAAAGACCAAAGUGAUCAAAAGAACAUUACUUGCCUUUUGUCAGCAGAACAGAGGGUUAAACUAAGCACAUUAAUGCCCUUAUUGAAGAAAUGGCAGACAAGUCAACCAAGCAGGUGGCAGCACGCCAUCAGUCGUUUGGUUAAGGAUAAUUUGUCUCCUGAGCUGGCAUUGCAACUCCACAAUGAAGACAUACUUCCUUUAUAUGUUACAUUAGACAGUAUUCUUCAGAGCAAUGAGAAGUGUUUGGAACUGACUGAUCAGCUUCUUCAAAUUUCUUGUGCAAAAGACCCUGAUAUUGGUGUAUGUUAUAAAAUAUUCUCAGCUUUCAGCAGUCAUCUCAUUAAAAAGGGCUUUCCUGACAAGAAAAUAGAUGACAGCUGUCUGCAAAAGGUGAGAAAAUAUUGAAUAUUUUCUUAAAAAUGGGGAAGUAAAUUCUCCUACGACUUAACUCAUUGACGUCUGUACAAAUGGUGAUCUUUUGUUCUAGAAGAACCCAACGAUUAGCUCAUUUAACAAGGCAGGUUGCAGAGCUGAAAGCUACCUAGGGGCAUCAUUCAAAAAUGAUUUCUGGCCCAUUAUUCAUUGUAAUUAGCUGAUCUUUGAAUCGCUGAAGAUAAUUCAGGCAUCUUUGGUUUGUCUAGGAUUUGUUGUUUGUGGUGUAUCAAUGUAGUUCUGUAUACUUUUGUUUAAUAUAGAACAUCUGGCUUUGUGAAGUAUUUUUAUUCUGCCUAAUUGCAUGCUUCAGAUCAUUAUCCAUUAAUUGGUAUAGUUUGAUUAGACAAAACUAUAUAUAUACUUUUUUCUGUGAGUGAAAAUUAUACUUCUAUUUAUAAAUGUAUAUUUUUAUGUCUGCAGGCAGCUUCUAAGAUUAUGGAUGGAGUAAUGACAGGUUUAUAAAUCUGAGAUUUUUUAAAGGCUCAUAGACUCAGCAGUUCAUGGAAAAACGUCUUGCUUCCUUUUGAUAUGGCUCAACAUGAUGUGCUUGUACCACAUUCCUGUUUGAAGAAAUUUUGCACUCACACAUUGUCCUUGCUGAUAGGUUACCGACCUACUAUGAAAGUUUCUGAAGCAUUAAAGAAUCAAAAAUAUUGGAAAUCAGCUAAAAUUCCAGACAUUCUCAAAUCAGUUUUUAAACAGAUAUUGAUUCCUUUUGAAACUAGUGAAGUCCUGCAGAUAUUGCAAAGAAUUUUGGAAAAGCAAGAAGUCAACUGGCAGAUAUUACUCUCAUGUUUAGCAACAUUUCUUGUAUGCUUUCCUAAAGCUUCUGCAGGCAUACAAGAACUUGUAAGCAGACUGCUGUCAGCGAGUCUUGAGAACAAUGACAUUGAGAACACGAUACUUGGGUUCCUGUUGGCACGGCAGAGUUGUAUGGAAGGAGCCCAUGUCUUUCCUACAUAUCAGCAGUGGUUUCAGGAUUUUUUGGUGAUGGCGCCAAGACUGCAGCAGGAACAAAGAAAUCCUUCCUUUUUCUGAUGAAGUUCUUGACUGAUAUAGUGCCCUUUGAACCUGCAGGAAUUCUCAAGGCACACAUUUUGAGACCGCCAUUUGUGCCACCAAAAUGUCGAGAUGUUCUUACGGACUACAUCCUUCUUGCCAAGACACGUCUAGCAGACAUGAAGGUACCACUGGAAGAAACAAAUUCCACCAUCUAUGGAGACAAGUUUACAUCUGACACAAAUUUGUCUUCUAACCCGGGGUGCAGGAUGUUGAGAAAGCUUUAGCAGCUUUUGGUUCCACCAGCAAAGUGCCUAUCACUGUGAUGGAGGCAAGCAUAUUCCGAAAGCCGUAUUUUGUUGGAAAAUUUCUGCCAGCUUUGCUUCAGCCAAGACAUUUACCAGAUGUAGCAGACACCAGAAUGAAAUUCAUAGAAGCUCUUAAAAGUGCUGGGAAGAUCCCUUUAUCGUUGUAUUCUAAGUAUGAGGAGGCUUGUAAAAAAGAAACCAGACAACUUCUGGAGGGUGUAUUUGAAUUAGAUGAUGAGGACAAUAUGGAUGAUAUGCUUCUUGAACCUAUGGAACAGCUUAGACUUCGCCUAGCUCAGUUAAGUAAAGCAGUUGCUUCUGGAAACUCUGAAAACAAAGUUACAGAAAUUAUAUCCAUCAUCGCUGAUAAAAUUGAAAACCUGUUAAAAACUGAAGGUGAUAAAGACUGUGAAAGAAGUAAUGUGUGCUUGGUGGAAAACUGCCAGUCAGACCUGGAGUUAAAACAUGUUCAGAUAGUAGACCAGAUAAUGAACUGUGUGUGCCGUUCAGUUUAUGCUUCACAACAAGCAGACUGUUUAUGGCUUCAGCAGCUGGUGAGGAUGCUCAGUCAGCAGAAGGUCCUUCACAAAGCCUUCUUUACACGAUUUUUGCUUCUUGUGCAAAAUAAGGGCAUGCUGUUGAGUGAACAUCAUAUAGAUGGUCUUGCUAUGCUGUCAUUUUACCUUCAACUGGAUGGAUCGAUCUUCCCUUCCAUUUGUCUCAGGGCACAUCAAAGCAAGAACAAAUCUUUCCUAGCAUGUAUUUUGUUGUAUCUCCCUUGCAGGACAGAACAAACAAUGAUGUAUUCAAUUAGGUUUUUGAUGACCUAUCUGAAAACUGCUUUAAAGUACUGUGGGAAGUUGAAGACAGAUGAAAAGGACUUCAUGCAGCUGUUACCAUCUUGUCUUCUAAAACUGUUUUGCCUCCUUGUCUGGCAUCUGGUGCCAAAAACUCAACCUCUAAAGGAGUACGAGUUUCUGAUGCUGAUUGCCAGUUUGACAAGUCCAGUGUUGUGCCUGACACACAUGAUGGAGACCUAUCUGGGAGGGAUUAUGUGAUGUCCUCUGUACAGGCUGUGUACUCUUCAGUGGAAUUCCAGCAGUUACUGCAAGGCACUGAACCUUCCCUGGAAGACUGGAUUGACUUUGAGCUCAGUGUAGAUCCUUCAGAAGAUUCCCUGUCUCCAUUCCAAAG